GACGAGCCGCUUCCGGUUGGAGACGUGGCUUACACUUCUGCCAUAUUGAGCCGCGGAGCAGUGCACUGCACACAAAUAACACUUUUAUAUAUACAUCCGUGAAGCAUUUAUACAACAACACAAACGGCGUUCAGAAGAUUAAACGCAGGAAACAAAGCACACACUGAAAAUGGUGCUGUUGGCAGCAGCGGUCUGCACCAAGGCAGGUAAAGCCCUGGUGUCGAGGCAGUUUGUGGAGAUGACACGCACGCGAGUGGAGGGUCUGCUGGCUGCCUUUCCCAAACUGAUGAACACGGGCAAACAGCACACGUUUGUGGAGACGGAGAGCGUGCGCUAUGUCUAUCAGCCACUCGAGAAGCUCUACAUGGUGCUGGUCACCACAAAGAACAGUAACAUACUAGAGGACCUGGAGACACUGCGUCUCUUCUCACGUGUGAUUCCUGAAUAUUGUCGUGUCCUUGAGGAGAGUGAAAUUUCUGAGCACUGCUUUGACCUCAUCUUUGCCUUCGAUGAGAUUGUUGCCCUCGGUUAUAGAGAAAAUGUCAACUUGGCCCAGAUUCGGACAUUCACAGAGAUGGACUCUCAUGAGGAAAAGGUGUUCCGUGCUGUAAGAGAGACUCAAGAGCGUGAAGCAAAGGCAGAGAUGAGACGGAAGGCUAAAGAGCUCCAGCAGAUACGGCGAGAUACUGAGCGUGGAAAGAAGGGGCCAGGCUUUGGUGGUUUCGGCAGCUCCGGCAUGAGCAGCAGCAACACAGCCAUUAUCACAGACACACUGAUCGAGCCUGAGAAACCCAAACCCACCCCUGCACCUGUUAGAUCCACUGGUCCAAGUAAAGCACUUAAACUGGUUGGCAAGGGGAAAGAAGUGGAUGACUUUGUGGACAAACUUAAGUCAGAGGGAGAGAAUGUCAUUUUGCCUGGCACAGGAAAAAGACCCUCAGAUGCAUCCAAAUCACUGCCGCCUCCAACCCACACAGAGAGUGUGCAUCUUCGAGUAGAAGAAAGGAUCACCCUAACAUGUGGUCGUGAUGGUGGUCUCCAGAACAUGGAAAUUCUAGGCAUGAUUACCCUCAGAGUGUCGGAUGAAAAGAAUGGGCGAAUAAGGCUGAACAUUAACAAUAAUGACAAGAGAGGAGUCCAGUUGCAGACCCAUCCCAAUGUGGACAAAAAACUUUUCACAUUGGACUCUGUGAUUGGUUUGAAAAACCCUGACAAAUCCUUCCCCUUGAAAAGCGAUGUGGGUGUGCUCAAGUGGAGACUACAAACCACAGACGAAUCUCUCAUUCCACUAACAAUAAACUGCUGGCCCUCUGAGAGUGGUACUGGCUGUGAUGUAAACAUAGAGUAUGAGCUGCAGGAUGAUUCUUUGGAGCUCAAUGAUGUAGUCAUCUCUAUUCCUGUACCGUCAGGGGUGGGAGCUCCUGUGAUUGGUGAUCUAGAUGGAGAGUAUAGGCAUGACAGCAGACGGAAUGUUCUGGAGUGGUGUCUGCCUGUGAUCGAUUUGAAGAAUAAGACUGGUAGCCUGGAGUUCAGCAUAUCUGGUCAACCCAAUGACUUUUUCCCUGUCAAUGUGUCCUUUGUCUCCAAGGGAAGCUACUGUGACAUUCAGGUUGCUAAGGUGUCUCAGGUGGACGGGGACAGUCCGGUUCGGUACUCCACAGAAACAUCAUUUGUGGUCGACAAGUAUGAAAUACUGUAAAAGGAAAAUCACUAACAGAAUUCCACCCAACCUGACAGAAGAGCAGACAAAUGGACUGAAAACAUUCAUUUAUAUUCAAGAAGGGAGAGACGUACAAACGAAGGGAGGAUGCAAUCUUUAUCAUCUUUAGCAGUACUUUAACAGGAUUCACUUUGCCUUUUUUCCUUUUUAUCCCCUUUAAAGAAGUUAUUUUAUCCUUUGCUGGCAAUAUUGGCUCUUGUGGUACCAAAUUUGUUUAAACCUUAUAAAAGGCCAAACCAGCAAAAAACAUUGAGGAUUUGGGGCUAAAAUGGAGACUGUACCAGGAGGGAGCAGGCUGGUGGAGCUGUAUUUAUUUGAAGCAGAAUAUUUUUGUAUUGACGGUUCAUACACCUCCUCUGUAAGGGUCAAGUUGCUGUCAUUUCCUUCAGUUUGUGGCUUUCUAAGCUUUUACUCAUUGUGCUGUAAACAAAUUUUUUUUGAAACACUAGAAGAUUGUUGCACCUUCUUUGUAGCAGAUCUUUCAUUUUCAUGCCCUGAAAUGGACUCUAGUCACUGUUUUGUCUGUCUUUUGUCAUCUAAGCUCUUUGUUUAGUCUAGAAAGUUUUAUCUUCUGGUAAACAUCAUGACAUGUUUACCCAAGUCUGUGCUCAGAUCUUUGUCUAGCUUGCUGUUCUCCUUUUUCACAUUAUGUAGUAAUUCAAACUUUUCAGCUUGUAGUGCAUCUUUAAACCUUCUUUCUGAUUUACCAUGGCUGUUUAACAUCAUAAACAACAACAGAUUAGAGAGAGAUUCAAGAUGAGAACAUCGCAGUCUGAAGAAAGCUUGCUUCCAAGUUUACAUCAUGUUUUCUAUUGAAAGCACGAACUACAGAACACUUCACACUGCUAAAAGUCAACCUGCUUGGACUGUGCUGUUUGUAGAUGGCGGCUCUCAGUGGAGGAUUGUUUCUGUCUCUUGACUGUCUGUGAGUGGUUGUGAAUAGGUUUUCAGGUCUCAGGUCUCCAAUCAGCAUUAAAAGAGUGAAUUCCCAGCCUGCCAGGUUAUUAUCCUGAACUUCAGUCUUCAACCCUACUUGCCCCCCGCUGAAGAAGAAAAAAAAGGAAUCCUUUUGCUGUCUUGGUUCCCAAUAAUGCCUUGAAUGUCUCUGCAUUUUUUGAUGAUGGGAAGGGCAUAUUAAAUGUUUUUGUUUAUCUAUUUUUUUUUCUUUUUUUGGUUUUCAUGGAAUCAUAAUGUGGAUUGGGGAAUGGUAUAAAGAGAUCAGAGAUUGUUUUUGUAAUCUUGUAAAAUAACGAAUUAGGAAUCAUUAUGAAGAACAUUCCAGUGUAAACUUAUUAAAAAAGAUUAAAGAGUUUAAAAA